GCACUGCACGACCGUUGUUCGUCGGUGUACCACGGCACUCGUGUAGGCACCGCGCUACUUCUUGCAAAGACUCCUGUCCGCGUGCAACUAGCGUGUUAGUGUCGCCGACUUAUAGUGACAGACCAUGGCCGGGAAGGGGUUCUGCCUCCUUCCUGCCAACUCCUGGCCCGAGCUAACAUGUCAACUACAUCGCUGAUAACCACUACAUAGAGCUUGUCAUCCAUUUUUCCUACUGUAAGACCUCCUCUAGCCAUCCCUUCGUCGUCAUUGGGCCGGCUUGUGAAACUUAUCUUGUUCCGCCCUCAUCAGCCAGCCACAUGAAGCGUCGUCCUUUGUCCACCCUGCCCCUUUCCUCUCACGCGCAUGCCAGUGCGUUAAUUGUCCAAUGUCAUGGCAUCCCUUUCCACGCGCACUAACUGCUCCCGCGAACAUGCCCACUUGCGAUGAUGUUAUACGCUCUAAAUCCUGACAUGACAUGGCUGCCUACCGUGCAGACGUGCAGUACGGCUACAAGCAAACGGUAACGGCACUGCUGCAGGAGUGGGUGGCGGAUGUGGGCUCAAGGGCGGGACUGACGCAAGCCAACACCCGGCUGAGCAGCGGAUCCGUUGGCGUGGCGGAGUCGCGUUUGGAAUUGGAGGUUACCUUCCCCACCCUUACGGAUUGGGAGCACUUCCUGUCAGCCAUACCCACCAAGGAGCACAGGGCAUGGAGCCAGCGAGUGCAGGCCAUGAUUGUGGGUGGUUCACCCCGUUGGGAGCUCUUCCGAGCAGUGUCAGCCUUCCCAGAUGGCUACCAGCCGCCCGCAGGAGCUGGCGCAGCAGCUCAGGGGGCAGCAGCACAGGGGGCGGCUCGUGCGCCCACCGCAGCUGGAACAGCAGCUGCAUCAACGGCCUCCGAGCUCCCACUGCUCUCAAGCAGCAACGGCAGCAACAGCAGCCAUGUCGCCGGUAGCAGCAUCUGGCUGGGGAUGACCGGUAGCGGCAGUGGCAGCAGCAGCACCGGCAGUGGCAGCAGCACUAUGAGUGGAAGCAGCGGCACCACCACCACCACCACCACCAGCAGUGGGCUCUCUAUUGUGGAUGGAAAGGAGGAUGCGGAGGUCGUGUUAGACUGGAAGGGCGAGCCGCUUAAGAUCAACCCAGGGGACAAGCUGCCCUUCAAGUUCCUGUAACAGUGUUGAGCGCAAACACCUGGUUCCAGGGAGGGAUUCCGAGUGUGAGGUGUCUAGCAUGUGACGAUGUGAGUGCGGAAUUGAAGGCCAUAACCACAAGAGUGCAUAGCCAUGUUGAGGGUUUGCGGUGUGAGCGAGUCGCUGGGAAACAACAAGAGACGUUUUGAUGAAAUUUGAUGAACUGUUGAUGACCUGGCUGUUGUUUAGAGGCUUCAGACGUGCUGGGUCACUUGUGUCGUGCAUGCGGGCGCCGGCAGGGCAGGCGGAUGCAUCCAUGGGCAUGGGUUUGGGGCCUUACGUUUUCGUUCGCUGCAAAAGGGUAACGAGUUAACGACAUAUGUGUGCGAUCAUAGGGCCACGACAUGUUGUGAGGUUCUGUUACGACGUGGAACAGUGUGUGUGUCGGUUCUAUGAGCGUCUAGACAUGAGUGAUGACAUUGACAAGAUUUAAUGCAUGCGUGUUAUAAACUUAUUAUAGGUAUUCGCUAGGUGCUCUUUGGAUCCGUGGACAAGUCCUGGCUAAGCAAAAGCACGCCGGCUCACUACAGGAACCUGCAUUCUACACAAUAUGACACCACUAAAUCAGACCAAAACUCGAUGCCCGUUAAACAUGAAGCCAC